GGGAUGUUUGAGAAGGUGAAGAGGAGCGCGUAUGAUGUGGAGGAGUUCAGACGCCAUGCAUUUAAGAGAAGAUCAGGACACAAUGUCGAGAUGGAGCUCAGGCGAGGAUCAGUUCCUGGAGACGUUGGAUGUGACGAUACGGACAGGAGUUUGCUGAGAGACAGGACUUCAGUGCUGAGAAAGACUGCGGCGUACACCGUCUCAUCGAUGCCUCCUCCAGCAGUGCUUCCGAAACCCAAAUUCCAGUGUCCAGUGAAGAGCUCAAGUGGAAACAUCAUGGAGGGAGAGGACACCAUGACCAAUAUCACCCGAGGGAGGACGUCAGCCGUCUCCAAAUAUUACAGGCACUUCGACAAGAGUGUCAGCAAAUCUCCCUCAGACUGUUCUCCACGCAUCGAAGCUCCUGUGAACCCUGAACGCUCGGACUCGGAGGUCUUCUCUCAGGGGUCCUCGCAGGGGUCCGGCUGGCACGCUUGGUCCGGCUGGUGGUCCGAAGAGGUCAAAGGUGAAGGUGUGUUUGAAGAGCCAGAACAUCUCCUGCCACCCUCAGAAACCGGCAGGAGGGAAAGUGUUGUACGGGACCACGAGGACGAGACUCAAUGGCAGGAGAACGUCCUAAAUGAAGAGAUGCAGAACAUGGAGAAAGAUGAAGACAAACAAGAGCUCAAACUCUAUAAGAUCGCCAACGAGCUCCUGCAGACGGAGAGGGCGUACGUGACCCGUCUGCAUCUGCUGGACCAGGUGUUCUGUGCGAGACUCACAGAGGAGGCUGGGAAGGGGGCGUUUCCUAUCGAGGUGGUGAAGAGCGUCUUCUCGAAUGUGGGAUCCAUCUACACCUUCCACAGCGAGUUCCUCCUGCCUGAGCUGGAGACGCGGAUGAGCCAGUGGGACUCCACACCCCGCAUCGGGGACAUCAUGGCUCAGCUCGCGCCCUUUCUGAGGAUGUACGCCGAGUACGUGAUCAACUUCGACAGCGCCAUGGAUCUGCUCAAACAGUGGAUGGAGCGAUCGGCACAGUUUAGCGGAGUCAUUCAGGACAUACAGAGUCAGGACGUGUGUGGGAAUCUGACUCUGCAGCAUCACAUGCUGGAGCCGGUGCAACGGGUUCCUCGCUACGAGAUGCUGCUCAAAGACUAUCUGAAGAAACUCCCGGAGAACGACACGGACCGCAGCCAGGCCGAGAAGUCUCUGAACAUCAUCUCGACGGCUGCCGCACACUCCAACACGGCCAUCCGCAAGAUGGAGAACCUGAAGAAGCUCAUGGAGAUCUACGAGAUGCUGGGAUGUGAGGAGGACAUCGUUAACCCGUCUAACGAGCUCAUUAAAGAAGGACAGAUCCUGAAGCUGGCCGCCAGAAACACCUCGUCCAUGGAGAGAUACCUCUACCUGUUUAACCACAUGUUGUUGUACUGCGUGCCCAAGUUCAGUCUUGUGGGUCAGCGGUUCACCGUGCGCAAGCGGGUCGGCGUGGCGGGCAUGAAGGUGCGCGAGACCUCCAACGACGACUACCCUCACACUUUCCAGGUGUCGGGUAAAGAGCGGACGCUGGAGCUGCAGGCCAGCUCAGAGCAAGACAAAGAGGACUGGAUUAAGGCGUUCCAGGAGACCAUUGAAAUCUUUCAACAGAAGAAUGAAACGUUCAAGUCAGCCUCUAAAGAAGUGGCGGAUGAGGUGUCUAAAGAGGAGUUAGGGAAGAGAGCCCCGCGCUGGAUUCGGGACAAUGAAGUGACCAUGUGCAUGAAAUGCAAGGAGCUCUUCAACGCUCUGACCCGCAGGAGACACCACUGCAGGGCAUGUGGAUACGUUGUGUGCCAUAAAUGUUCGGACUACAAGGCGCCACUGAGGUACGACAGUAACAGAUUAAAUAAGGUCUGUAAAGACUGUUACUUCACUCUGACCGGCAGAGUGGACACCGAGGAACCAGUCGCCGGGAAGAAAAGAGGAAUUCUUGAGAUUGAAGCAGCUCAGGUCUCAGGAAACAGUGUCCUGUGUGGGUUCCUGCAGUACAGUGACAGAACUAAACUGUGUCAGAGGUUCUGGUGUGUGAUUCCACAGCACGAAGCACUGGUGCUUUACCUGUAUGGCGCUCCACAGGAUGUCAAAGCCCAGUGUACCAUCCCGCUCCUGGGUUACCAGGUUGAGGACGUGGAUCAUCCUCCCUCCAGCUUCCGUCUGUGCCAGUCCAAAUCUGUCCACUGCUUCACUGCCGACACGGAGGAAAUGAAGCUGCGCUGGCUGAGAGUGAUACGCAAAGCCGUCAUCGGGGAGAUGCUGGAAUGCCAGACGCCAAAAGAUGGAGACCUUGUCAACGGCUGCCAUGAAGGCGUGCCUGAUGGCACCUGAAAAAGACAGCCGGUUUUCCACCUUUUGGUGUGCAACUCUUAAAAUCCCAGCAGAUUACAAUAUGUGUUGGUAAAGAAAACACUUAGGGAACAGAUUGGAUUUGUUUGGGAGUGUAUAAAUAGAUGACAAAUCAAUAUCAGAUAUUUUAAUGCACUAUAAUAUCGACCUCAAUCAGACAUUCAGUAAUUGUUUUAAAUGAUUUUACUGACUUAGUCUACAAAAGUAUUUGUUCGCAGACCAAUCACUGCAAAGCUAAUCCAAAUUAUGCUUUGUGAUUUAUUAGUCUUUCUCUGUGUGCCAUCAUCUUUUAUGUAUAUUUUUAUUUUUUAAUGCUGUUUGUCGCUGUCCCUAAGAUUUAUGCACUUUAUUGCUUUUUGUAAACUAGAACAUUGACAUUAAAAUGAAUAAAAGCUCCAUCGCUUUGAUCCUUAGACUUGUCUGUGGUGGAUCUUCUAAACGCUGCAUUUUAAUUUAUUAAAAAAUAAAAUAAAAACGAACAAACUAAUGUUUGCUAUUUUGAAUUCA